AGCACCUCCGUGUGGGGACCAGGGACACUGGGCCACUCGCUGAGCACCUGACUGGGGGCGGGGCAAGGAGCAUGAAACCCGGAAUUGGUCUUAGGAGUUUUUCUGGUCUAGUUUUCCGGUGCUUUAAGCUUCCUCUGCCCCAGACCCGGCUUCAGGCCCCGCUGACCUUCGCCUCCCAGGCCCUCACGAUGGCGAGAGCCUGGGUCUGCUUGGCAGGCGCCGUCUUCUUCCUUUCCUGUCUGGUUUUGCAUUCGCGCUUCUGUGGCUCUCUGGUUUCAAGGACAUUUUCUUUUCACAUUUCCUGGAGAAUGGAGGACCCACUUUUCCGGCUGGAUUUGGGUUGGCCCAAGAAUUCAGAAUACUUCACGGGUGCAACAUUCUGUGUUGCAGUUGACUCUCUCAACGGGUUAGUUUACGUAGCUCAAAGAGGGGAUAACAUCCCCAAGGUAUUAGUGUUCUCAGAGGAUGGAUAUUUCCUACGAGCCUGGAAUUAUACAGUUGACACACCCCAUGGUAUGUUUGUCUCCGGCACACCAUAUGAACAGUCCGUCUGGAUCACGGACGUAGGAAGUGGACCCUAUGGCCACACUGUUAAAAAAUAUAAUUCCCUGGGCGAUCUUGUUCAAGUCUUGGGAACCCCAGGCCAGAAGGGCACGGGCCUGAACCCCCUGCAGUUUGACAACCCCGCAGAAUUAUAUGUAGAUGACACGGGAGAGAUUUACAUUGUGGAUGGAGAUGGGGGACUGAAUAACAGACUGGUCAAACUGUCCCAAGAUUUCAUGAUCCUCUGGCUGCGUGGAGAGAAUGGAACAGGACCCGCCAAGUUCAACAUACCUCACAGCGUCACGCUCGACUCAGUUGGUCGGGUGUGGGUUGCGGACCGAGGAAAUAAAAGGCUCCAAGUAUUUGAUAAGGACACUGGAGAGUGGCUAGGAGCAUGGGACAGCUGUUUCACAGAGGAGGGGCCUUCUGCUGUGAGGUUCACCCCUGAUGGCAAGUACUUGAUCGUGGCCCAGCUGAACCUCAGUCGGCUGUCAGUGUUGGCUGCCCCGCCCUCCGGAAGCAUCGGGGACUGCUCUGUGGUCAGCACCAUCCAGCUGGCAGAUCAGGUUCUGCCACAUCUUCUAGAAGUCGACAGAAAGACUGGCGCUGUCUAUGUGGCAGAAAUUGGGGCAAAACAAAUACAAAAAUACGUCCUGGGGCACAGCCGCACCCCUGCCUUCAGAGCUUAGUGCUUCUUCAGAGCCACAGGGUCAUUGUUACCUCUUCUUCUACAAGAAAAGUGUGUUGCUAUGUCAGGAAGAGUCAUGUUUCUUGUGCUUUGGGGACUUGGUUUUACAACUAAGUGUGUAAGAAAUGAUUUUCUUUUUGGCGGCCCUGGGAGUUGAACUCAUCACUUCCUACCUGCUAGGCAGCUGCCUUAGCGGGGAGGGAGCUACAUCUUCACAUAGGCAGCUGUUAAAGACAGAAGUGCAGUUCUAAAGUUGGGUCAUGACGGGAAACUGUGGUUGUAACCAAGGUACUUGCCUGUGUCGAUUAACUCUGGGUUCCUGGGUAACCUUUUGGUUUCAUAUGAG